GAGAAAGGAACCUGCUGGGACCCUGGAAUAGUGAGAGAGAUCUGUGCCUUAGAUCAGGACAGAUUACGGGGGACAGGAGGAGGUAGGAAUCACCUUCACAGCUAUUCUGUAAAUAUCUGGACCUCUCAGAGGUGGGCUUUGUUCUCUUCACCAUCAGACGAGGAAUCCUAGGGCUCUUGCUACAAAUUAUUAGGACAUUUAGAGAAUGAUUGGGCAAGUCUACUUAUCUGAAUCAGGGCAAGGCAGUGGCAUCUUGGCUGCAAGAAGUGUUCAGUUCCAUGUUCCUGGAGGUCCUGGAUGUUUUAGAAUUCACCAGUUGGCCUUGCAGGACGUUACAGCUUCCGAUGAUUAUUUGAGAAGGUAAUGGUGAGCAGUCAAGGAUAAGGGAUGUAAAAUACCUAUGCUGAGCCCCACGAGGCACUGGAGUCCAUGGUCUGAUGUUUUAAAAGGCAUGUCCGACUGCCUGGGGUUGUAAAUAAUUCACCACAUGGUCUGCAAGCUCUGGAAUUCAAAGCCCUUAGCCCAGAAGCAGCUGUGCCUUGAGAUGUUUGCUCAUGACCUUUUCUCUUACCACACCCUGGGGCUCUUGGGAGGAGCCAAGAGCUGAGCUGCAGUGCCAGGAUGCUGCUUCUGUCAGUGCCCACACUAAGCUGCCUCGUGGGUCCUUUCACAUCCGUCUUGCUCAACUACGAAGUACACAGGAUGGAAACUGCUCUCUGUCUUUGGGAGACAGCACAUGGUUCAGCUCAAUAAAGCUGUGAUUGGAGACCAAAGCAGAAGGCACCUUCUCAGGCUUUCUGUGGCCAGCCUGAAGGAGAAAGAACACUCAUGCCCCCAAAGCUCAGAAUGAUGGAAGGACAAGGGGUAGGCCGAACCCUCAGGCUGCUCCGAAAUCGCUUGCCACGACUUCGAGCAGGACAAUCCCAGAACAAUCCCGGGGAAGCUGUCACAGAACCGGAAAGAAUCCAGGAGCAUUCUCCACCUAUCUUUGCUGGAGGCCAGCACUUCUUUGAAUACCUUCUUGUUGUUUCUUUAAAGAAAAAGCAUUUAGGGGAUGAUUAUGAACCCACAAUCACCUACCAGUUUCCCAAGAGGGAGAACCUGCUCCGAGGUCAGCAGGAGGAGGAGGAACGGCUGCUCAAAGCCAUCCCUUUGUUCUGCUUCCCUGACGGGAAUGAGUGGGCACCGCUCACAGAGUAUCCCAGGGAGACCUUCUCAUUUGUCCUGACCAAUGUGGAUGGGAGCAGGAAGAUCGGAUACUGCAGGCGCCUCCUGCCUGCUGGUCCUGGUCCUCGCCUUCCAAAAGUAUACUGCAUCAUCAGCUGCAUCGGCUGCUUCGGCUUGUUCUCCAAGAUACUGGAUGAAGUAGAGAAAAGACAUCAGAUCUCCAUGGCUGUCAUCUACCCAUUCAUGCAAGGUCUCCGAGAGGCAGCCUUUCCUGCACCUGGAAAGACAGUUACCCUUAAGAGCUUCAUUCCUGAUUCAGGCACGGAGUUCAUCUCAUUGACACGGCCCCUAGACUCCCACCUUGAACAUGUGGACUUCAGUGCUCUGCUGCAGUGCCUCCAUUUUGAGCAGAUUAUUCAGAUCUUUGCCUCUGCAGUACUUGAAAGAAAGAUCAUCUUUUUGGCAGAGGGUCUGAGUACCCUGUCUCAGUGUAUCCAUGCUGCAGCUGCUCUGCUUUACCCAUUUAGUUGGGCGCACACAUACAUCCCGGUGGUCCCUGAGAGCCUUCUGGCCACUGUCUGCUGCCCUACCCCCUUCAUGGUUGGGGUACAGAUGCGAUUCCAGCAGGAGGUUAUGGACAGUCCCAUGGAAGAGGUCCUGUUGGUGAAUCUUUGUAAAGGAACCUUCUUAUUAUCAGUUGGUGAUGAGAAAGACAUCCUACCACGGAAACUUCAGGAUGACAUCUUGGACUCUCUUGCUCAAGGGAUAAAUGAGUUAAAGACUUCAGAACAAAUCAAUGAGCAUGUUUCAGGCCCUUUUGUACAGUUCUUUGUCAAGACUGUGGGCCACUAUGCCUCCUAUAUAAAACGGGAGGCCAGUGGACAAGGCCAUUUCCAAGAACGCUCCUUCUGUAAGGCUGUUACCUCCAAGACCAAGCGCCGAUUUGUGAAGAAGUUUGUGAAGACACAACUUUUCUCCCUAUUCAUCCAGGAAGCAGAGAAGAGCAGGAAUCCUCCUGCAGGCUAUUUCCAAAAGAAAAUACUUGAAUAUGAAGAACAGAAAAAACAGAAGAAAUCAAGAGAAAGACGGUGAAGUAAAAACUGUGGUCAGCAGGAGUGUCUACAACUACAGCUAGAACUACAGGCCAGUCUGGACUUUGGCCCUUCAACUGUGACAGAAUCAGUGAGGCUCUCGGCCCUGGAAUCAAUCUGUGGCUUUCUUCCAACUGAUAACCCAGUCUUACUUCAAGGUGGUGUCUGAAUUUGGGAGCCUUGUUGUCAGGGCUUUGAAAGUUCUCAUCCAAACUCAUAGAACUGUACUCAGAGCUGCACUUUUGGCAGAGUGGACACUGGGAGUUAGUAGUACAGGGGUACAGCUGUUGUGGGUGCUUGAUUAGAAGUUGCUAGCACUGCUGUCUCCUAUGAACCUCUGUUAUAAAAUCCUCAAUACAGAACACUGUGGCCCAAUGACCCAUUUACAAAAUAGGGUCUGACGUGAGGAUAUGAAUAAAGAUGAAACCUUGUUUGUUGA